AUGGCUCCGUCCCUGUUGCAGUCGAUCGUGCUGUCGGCCAUUUCGAUGACGAUGGCAUCGGCAGUGUUCUACCACUUUAACUUCAACCUGCAGGCAUACAUGGAGCCGCUGAAGGACGCGUGCGGCCUCAACGGGUCGCCCGCGACGGCGCCCCCGCCGCACCUGAAGCUGGGCAACUCGUUCCUGGACGGGUUCCACUGCAUCCUGACGCCCUUCUUCCUGGACUGCGUGUCCACCCCCGCCGGCCGCUUCUUCGUGAGCCACGCGGCGGCGCGCCUCUCCCCUUCGUACCCCUCUGCGACGCCUCUGGUCUUGAAAACCCUGGAGGUCGCGAUCGCGUUCAUGGCCGUCAUGGGCAUCGAAGACUGCCGCUCCUCCGCCCGCGGGCUCGUGAAGGGCUCUGCCGUGGUGCUGGCCGUCUCGCAGCUGCUGGGCAUCAGCGUGGCGCUGCCCUUCCUGUGGGUGCCUUCGUACCUGCUGCUCACGCGGCGCAGGGUCGAGGGCGCCUUCCUGCCAGCCGGCAAGAUGCCGGCCAUCGGGCUGGCCUGCGCACUGGCCGCCGUCCUCACGGCACCGCUCGUCCUGGCCCGGCUGCUGCCCGAGGCGUCCCAGCUGCAGGCGAGCCCCGGCCUUGCGCGUCACGUGGUGGUCAACUUCAACCUCCUGCUGCCCUGCCUGGCGCUCCUCUGGAUGGUCUCCCCUGGCGGCCGCCAGCCCGGCAACGCGGCCGCCGCCUCGACGCUGCGCUUCGCGGCGCUCGUGGGCUUCAUCAUGCAUGCGGCCGCGGCGGCCGACCUCCUCCUCGCCCACGAGCUGGACGCGCGCGCCGCAUGGCGGUCGCUGGCCGCGGUGGCUGCCAAGCGGGACUCCCGCAUCAUGCCGGCCAACUUCAUGAUGUUUGACUUCCUGGGACUCCUGGGCGCGGCGGUGAUCUUCGCGGCCGCCGAGUGCGGCGUCGUCAAGGCCGCCGGCGUGCUGGUCAAGGGGCUGGCCGUCGGCCCCGGCGCCGCGUUUGCGCUGGCGGCCGCGCGGCGCGAGGAGCGGCUGGCGGCGGGGGCGGCCCAGGAGCCGCCGAAGGUGGAGCCGACGCGGCCGGUGUACCUGCCGCCGCGCAACGUGAAGAGGGGGAAGGACGACUGA